AAUCGAUAACGACGCGGUGCCGUGCGUAAAAGACGGCCCAUCUCUAGCUGAAUGUAACCAAUUGGGCAAAUUCGAGUAUAAUGGGAGAUUUAAGCUGGAAAGACUUUCUGAGUCAGGCUAAGCAGUUCCUAGAAAUUUCUCAGCAGUUGGGUGAUAGUUGGAUGCUGGUGGAAAAGGAUUCGGAUGAAGCCAACACCUUUCUGAAGUUCAGUCAAAAGAUUAAGGAUAUUACAGGGGAGUUGGUUAAUGUGGAGUAUCACGUGGUCUAUAGUAUUUCCUAUCAAGUACCCAUGAUGUUUUUCCAGGCACACAGAUCAGAUGGAAGUCUUCUGGACCUGGAGGCUACUUGGAAACUGUUUAUGCCGGAAACAAAAGCCAACGAUCUCUACCAGAUACUUACUCAAAUGGACCAUCCUGUACUAUUUAGACCUUUCAUGGCACUGCAUCCAUGUCGCACCGUCGAGGUUCUAAGGCAAUUCGGACAGCCCAGUAGUAAUCAGGUUUUAACCUUUAUAAGCCUCUAUGGUCCCCAUAUUAAAUUGAACCUGCAAAAUGCCUACGGCCUUAGCCAAGAUUACACGUAAUUUGGAUUUAUUGGUGGUUGUUUUAAACACUGGUUAUAGGAGUAUACACGUGUGGAUAAUAUGGCAUAUGUAUUAUACAGUUUUACAUUCCGUUCGCUGUCUUAAACUGGUUUGACCUUUACACUGAAUAUGCUAUAUUUGAGGGCCAUUAUGGGUACCCAUCUCAUCUAGUACUUGGCACAAGUGAAGAUCCAAAUUGUACAAUAUAUGCGGGCAAACAGUUAUGGGAUAUACAUAGUUAUAUAGCGACCACUCUACCACACUUCAGUGGCUAAUCUAAGUACGAAACAAAGUACUAUAAUAAACCUACAAAAGGAAGCAAACUUUGUACACAGAUUAUAACUCCGCUUAGGGGAUACAUUGUUCUACUUAUGCAUUAAAAUAUGGCUAACAUAGUAUAUAGUUUGCAAGUUUCACUCGCUUUCUUCGUUUCUUUCACUGGUAAUAUCAACUAGUAGUUGCUUGUUCGAUUAUUUCAUAGUAUCCAAUAUAGAGCUAUUAUUAGAUAGUUAUAUGCUUAGACCUAAUUGUACUGUACACAAGCGUGGCCUAAGUUGAGCCGCUUUGCUUUGCAUUUUACUAAUGUUAAGUGGUUCAUUUAUAAUUAAUGUUAACUGGCUACUGUGUGGCAUUAGCGGCACCCCGGCGCCAACACAAAAUCCUCCUGUUCCUGGCGAAACCGAGGCAUUGUGGGCUUGGGGAAUCGCAUUGAAAAUGUUUAUUUGCAAAAUAAAUCGAUUUUUAUGUA